UGUUUGAUAACAGAGUGUCGUCCACGUCAUAAGGAUCGUGUCGGCAAGUGAGUUCUUUCCUCUCCAGUGUUUCCCAUUUUUUUACACAAUAAAGAAUAACUGGUACACUGGAUAAAUGAAAGAUGCUGACCAAAUUUGAAACAAAAAGUGCGAGAGUCAAGGGACUCUCCUUCCACUCAAAGCGACCAUGGGUUCUUGCCAGCCUUCACAGUGGAAUCAUCCAGUUAUGGGAUUAUCGUAUGUGCACCUUAGUGGAUAAGUUUGAUGAACAUGAGGGUCCAGUUCGAGCUGUGUGCUUCCACCAACAGCAGCCGCUGUUUGUGUCUGGAGGAGAUGAUUAUAAGAUCAAGGUGUGGAAUUAUAAACUGCGCAGAUGCCUGUUUACGCUGCUUGGUCACUUGGAUUACAUCCGUACUACAGAGUUCCAUCAGGAAUACCCCUGGAUCCUCUCAGCCUCUGAUGACCAGACCAUACGAAUUUGGAACUGGCAGAGCCGCUCAUGUGUGUCCAUCCUGACCGGACACAAUCACUAUGUGAUGUGUGCCCGCUUCCAUCCAACGCAAGACCUGAUUGUGUCUGCUUCACUGGACUCUUCUGUCCGUGUCUGGGAUAUCUCAGGUAUUCCCGGCAAACCUGGAGGCCUUCGCAAGAAGAAUGUCUCCCCUGGAAUGGGAGGCCUUACGGGGAGUGAUGACCACCACACCAGGAAUCCUGAGCUCUUUAGUGCUGGAGAUGCCACUGUGCGCCACGUGCUGGAGGGCCAUGACCGUGGAGUCAACUGGGCAGCAUUCCAUCCAACUCUUCCUCUGGUUAUUUCUGGUUCUGAUGACAGACAGGUCAAGCUGUGGAGGAUGAAUGAUUCAAAGGCUUGGGAGGUUGACACUUGCCGUGGUCACUACAACAAUGUGUCUUGUGUAAUGUUCCAUCCAAGACAAGAGUUGAUCUUGUCCAAUUCAGAGGACAAAUCUAUCCGUGUGUGGGACAUGGCCAAGAGAAUCUGCCUCCACACUUUCCGCCGGGAACAUGAUCGCUUCUGGGUCCUAGCAGCCCAUCCAACCCUCAACUUGUUUGCAGCUGGCCAUGACAGUGGCAUGAUCAUUUUCAAGCUUGAGAGAGAGAGGCCAGCCUAUGCUCUCUAUGGCAACCUCUUGUAUUAUGUCAAGGAGAGGUUCCUCAGGCGACUUGAUUUAACAAAGAAUAAGGAUGUGGCUGUCAUGCAGUUGCGUCCUGGAUCCCGAGCACCUGUAUAUAGUAUGUCCUUCAACCCAGCUGAGAAUGCUGUACUCCUUACAACACGUACCCAUAAUAUGGACAACAGCAACUAUGACUUGUAUCAAAUCCCUAAAGAAACAGAUUCCCAGAACCCAGAUUCUCCUGACUCGAAGAGGUCAGCUGGACUCACAGCUGUUUGGGUUGCAAGAAACCGCUUUGCAGUAAUGGAUAAGAGUCAUCAGGUUGUGAUUAAGAAUAUGCAGAAUGAGGUCAUGAAAAAGGUUGCUACACCUCCUUGUGAUGAACUCUUCUAUGCAGGAACAGGGAUGCUCCUCCUGAGGGAUAAUGAUGGAGUUUCUCUCUUUGAUGUCCAACAAAAGAGAGUCCUUGGAACAGCCAGAAUUUCCAAAUGCAGAUAUGUUGUAUGGGCUGCAAACAUGACUAGCGUUGCUCUACUCUCUAAGCAUACCAUUCUCAUCUGCAACCGUAAGUUGGAGAGGCUUUGCUCCAUCACUGAGACUAACAGGGUCAAGUCAGGCUCCUGGGAUGAUAGUGGUGUGUUUGUCUACACCACAAGCAAUCACAUCAAGUAUGCACUUACCAAUGGAGAUCAUGGAAUCAUUCGUACUCUGGAACUGCCUGUCUAUGUUACCAGGGUGGCAGGCAAUUCAGUGUAUUGCCUUGACCGUCAAGCAACUCCAAGGAUUCUGACCAUUGAUUCAACUGAAUAUAGAUUCAAGCUGGCCUUGGUCCAGCGUAAAUAUGAUGAAGUGCUGCAAAUGGUACGAGGCGCCAAGCUAGUUGGACAGUCCAUCAUUGCCUACUUGCAGAAAAAGGGUUACCCAGAAGUGGCUCUCCAUUUUGUAAAGGACGAAAGAACCCGAUUCCUUCUUGCACUUGAGUGUGGCAACAUUGAUGUUGCUCUUGAUGCUGCAAAAGCUCUUGAUGACAAAGGUUGCUGGGAAAAACUGGCUGAACAUGCUCUUCUUCAUGGAAAUCACCCUGUGGUUGAGUAUUGCUAUCAGCAGACCAAAAACUAUGAUAAGCUGUCAUUCCUGUACUUGAUCACUGGAAACUUGGCUAAGUUGCGCCGCAUGAUGAAGAUUAAUGAAAUUCGCAAGGAUUAUGAGGGCUGGUAUGCCAAUGCACUCUACUUGGGUGAUGUCCCAGAACGCAUAAGGGUGCUAAAAGCAUGUGGCAAAACAUCUUUAGCUCUACUGACAGCAGUCACACAUGGCUAUGCACAGGAAGCAGAGUCCCUGGCUGCCCAUGUUGAGAAUGGAGCUAUUCCAGAACCUCUUCCAAGUGCUCAGCUGUUACAACCAGCAGCACCUGUGCAGCCUAUGGACACAGCUUGGCCACUCUUGACUGUUGCAAAGGGCUUCUUUGAUACUGCUGUUGCUGGAGGCAAAGCAGCUGGAGGAGCUGCAGCAGCUGCCAUGGUGGUUGAUGAUGCUGGGGACAUUGCUGGUGAUGGAUGGGGAGAUGAUGAUGAUGAGAAUGUUGAAGAUACUGAUUUGGCUGUAGAAGGUGGAGAUACUGAAGGAGGUGGAUGGGAGGUGGAUGAUGACCUGGACCUGCCACCAGAACUUGAGGGAUCUGCUUCAGCUGGUGCUGGAGGAUCUGGUGAGGAUGGCUUCUUCAUCCCUCCACCUCGUGGACACCCACCAACCCAUGGAUGGACACAGCGAAGUCAGUUGGCAAUUGAUCAUGUCUUGGCUGGAGCUUUUGAGUCUGCUACUCGAUUACUUCAUGAUCAGGUGGGAGUUGUGAACUUCGAACCCUACCGUCAUCUGUUCCUCUCAUCUUAUGCCCAUUCCCGCACAAGCUACACUGGUGCUCCUGCAAUGCCAUCUCUCUUUGCAUACCCAGCUCGUAAUUGGCGAACUGCACAGAACAAGGAUCAGUUACCUGCUCUGGGAUUAAAGCUUUCCAAUCUAAUGGAUAGACUUAAAGAAGCAUCUCAGUUGACAACAGCAGCCAAAUUUUCAGAGGCUCUGGAUAAACUGCGCUGGAUUUUACUUGCUGUUCCUCUCAUUGUUGUCGAUACAAAGCAAGAGAUUACAGAAGCACAGAAUCUGCUAAGAGUGUGCAAGGAGUAUGUUGUUGGUAUCAGUAUGGAGUUGUAUCGUAAAGGUUUGGGUAAGGGUAGUCCAGAAGAACAACAGCGCUCCCUUGAAUUGGCUGCCUACUUCACACAUUGUGAACUACAACCUGGGCACCAGAUUCUGACACUGAGGACUGCAGUGAAUUUGGCCUUUAAGAUGAAGAAUUACAAGAUGGCCAUGAGCUUUGGUCGUCGUCUGCUAAAUCUUGGACCCAGACCAGAAGUGGCUCAGAAUAUAAGGAAGGUUGUGCAGGCAUGCGAGAAGAACCCAGUUGAUGAGAUGUCAAUCCAGUAUGAUGAGCAUAACCCAUUCACUGUAUGUGCAAGUUCAUAUGUACCCAUUUACCGUGGAAAGCCAGAAGUUCAGUGCCCAUUGUGUAGUGCAUCAUAUCUACCAGAGCACAAGGGUAUUACUUGCAAAAUUUGUGAUGUUGCACAAGUUGGCAAGGAUUCCAUUGGGCUUCGCAUAUCACCACUACAGUUCCGAUAGACGAUCACAGAAGCAGUGUAAGGUUCUGGCUUGCUGGAUAUACAGUCACCUGUUGUAGCAUGUUGAAAGGACCAAUUGCAUGGUGUUAUGUACCAGUGAAAAGGAGUGUACUUGUUAUUUAUAGAAGUUAUUAUUAUGUAUCUGUAGAAAUUUUAAGAAAUUGGUUUUAUGUUUUCUUCAUUUAAUUAAUUUCCAUAAGAUAAGCCAUAUUCCAGGUAAUAUAUUGUCAGUUUUAAUAAAAGGAUAUAUAAC